AUGUUUAGUGCUGCCAAAGAAAUAAUAAGAGAAGAGUUCUCUUUUUUAUCUAAGGUUCCUGCUAUUAAAAGAAGAAAAGAAAUUGCCCUGCAACAAAUAAUUGAAGGACUGAAGAUAAAUCAUGCAAUUGAGAUGAAUAAGAAACUACUCUUGAAGAAACUGAACAAUUAUCCAGUAUUAAAUAAAGCCACAUCUGAAAAUGAAACUUCUAUUUCUGGUUACUUAUAUAAUGAAAUUACAGGUGCUCAUGGACCACCAGAUAUUAUUUAUGGAAAUGAGCCAUAUUUGUUGAUUAGAAAUACAGCCAAAGAAGUUUUGGAUGAAUUGUAUAGUGAAACCACAUUUUCAAAUGAAUCUUUGGAAUCCAAAGAAAAUAAGAUGGUUCUCAGUGGUUAUGGUAGUAGUGCAUCAAUAGGAAAAAUGCAUGGAUUUGGUAAUACUUUUCAAACAUCUGAAAAUGUAAGAGAAAAAAUGGCAAAGGGAAUUUCUUCUGUAAUGGAUAAACUUCUUGUAGAAGACAAAAAUCCAAAACUUCAAAAUGAAUUUUUGACUGAAAGGUUUUUACAAUAUCAGCCAGUAACAAUAGAACAUCAGGGAUAUGAAAAUUCUGUUGAAAGUGUUAGUUCAGAACUUAAAAAAGAACAACAAAAUACAUUAACAAAGCCAAAGAUUCAGAGAAAACAUAUGCCAGGAAAGGCUGGAGGCGGUUGGGAUGAUGAUGAUUAUAAAGAGAAUCAAGAUAGUAAGGACAUAAUUGCAGAAAGCAACACAUCUAAAGAUUCAUUAGAUAGAACUGAACCAUUGUCUCAAGCAGACUGUACUGAAGAACAGAAAGUUGUGGAUCAAUUUACACAUUCAUCUGCAUGCUUUCCUCCAACAUUUUCUGAAAUUGUUGAAGCUAGAAAACAGUUGGUUUUGUUCAUUUAUCUCAUAUUUUCUAAAUAA